GAAGAAGAAGAAGAAGAUUGGAUAUUCAUAAGGUUACUGAGACAGUAAACUUACAAAUUGUAAGGGUUCAAAUCCCGGUUACGAUGUCGGGGCACCAUGCCUGGGUUGUUGUUUCUCUGACAACCAUCAUUUGUUGGUUGGGUGUAGACGCCAUACAUGACACGAUCAGUCCUCGAUAUGUUGGAAGUGAUGAAGCGACCAGCACGAAGUUUACUACAAGAACUCCUCAAGGAUAUCUGUUACCAUAUGUAGAUGAAAUUCUUUUUCCCGAUUAUAUGACCAAAGACAUUAUCAUCGAAGGUUCCAUCCCAACAGGUUCCAAAUCCUUCUCCGUUAACCUCUGCAAUACUAAAGCGUGUAAUGCCACCUUGCCGCUUGAGCUGGCUGCAGACUUCAAUGAAAAAAUUCUGACCAAGACAUCCAAAGUCAAUAGCUCCACAAUGCGCAUCGAAAAGGAGAAAGAUCUACCUAUCCCACGCGGAAGUAAUUUUACACUCAGGAUAGCAAUCUCAAACAUUGGAUUUAUAAUUUACGUGAACGAUCAUCACUUCACCACAUACACACUCCUGACUAGUAUUCACAAUAUCAAAUUCAUCCAGGUCAAAGGUAGUGUUGUGAUAGAUUGGAUUCUGUUCUCUACAAGCUACCCAACCGGCGGCUUGAAGAUUGAAAAACGACCAGGAGGGGAGAAGAUAAUUGUCCAAGGAUACCCAAUUUCAGGAAAAAAAACCGGGUACAGCAGAAUAUGA